GAGAGUUCGACGGAAAGCCCCGGGCCGCACUGAUCCAGAUCAGGACACAGCCACUUCCAUAACCAUUGUACCUUCAGAUUGUGUUCUGAGUCUUUUUCGUGUUGCUGCUCACCACAGCGCAGCGUAAUUGAGCUCUUGGUUGCUCCUUCACUCCAUCCUUUCGCUGAACAAAUCCUCAACAGGUGUAAUGAAUAUCGGUAAACUUAAUUUGCCCCUUAACUCCAUAGAUGGUCCUUCUGACCAUGCCCUUGAACGCAUCAGUUCUACGCAGCCUUCUAUCACAAAGGAGGGCUCAAGAACUGGUUCCUUUGGCAAGUCGCUGAGCUCAAUGAUGGGCGGUAUUCCUGGGCUAUCGAACCUGACCUUGUCUCGCACAAGUACCAAAGAUAGCGUCACGAACAACGAAGAUGCUCGUGGUCGUUCAAUGUCGAAAAACAAGCACUACAGGUCUUCUUCCCAUGUCCCAUCAACCACAGAAACUACGUCCAAAAGUCACUCGCGUGCACGAUCGCAGUCCCCUUUCUCAUUCCGAAGAUUUCGCUCGCAACGUGACUCGUCGCCUGUUCCUCCAUUGCCCCUCAGCUCAACUUCUUCUGAGGUUAGCUUGGUCCCUGACACCAAUCCCUCGCCGAACAUUCGGCCUCGUACAGCCUUCACUGAUGACGCUGAUGUGUUAGACUACGGCUCCGGGGAUGAGACGGAAACAGUUAAUGGUGAAACUGAUGGAGAGUACACCGAAGAUGAAGAUAGUGGCGACGAAAUUGAUAUAUUCGACGAUGUGACCGAGCGCAACACUGAAAGGAAUGCUGUCGUUGAGCUUCCCGCCGCAGGCGCUCUUGGGCUGUAUGACGCUGAUGCCGAUAUCGACCCCGAUCCACUCGGUGAAGGAGUCAAUGUCGUCGUUCCACCGGAGCCUUAUUUCCCGUCCACAAUCCAUAGCCUACCCUCUCGCACUCCCUCAGGAACAAAACGCAAUGCCCGACGUCGAAAAAGCACAAAGCAUCAUGAACCUUUGCCAUUGAACACUUCGAGGCCAUUAUUUCAGCGAGAUCGCUGUACUAUCACAAUGAUUCAAGGUGAUCCAGAGGGUAAAGCCGCUACCACUGACAGGAAGAAGAAGAAGUACAUUGUUGCUAGCGAUCUGAGUGAAGAGAGCCGUUAUGCUGUAGAGUGGGGAAUAGGGACCGUUCUUAGGGACGGAGAUGAAAUGCUCGUCGUGACUAUAGUGGAGAACGAAAACAGAGUCGACCCUCCCAUACCCAAUACUGCAGAUCGCGCCAAUAAAUUACGAAGCCAGCAGGAGCGACAAGGACUUGCGUACAUCCUCAUUCGGCAAGCAACUAGCUUAUUACAGCGAACAAAGCUGAACGUGACCAUAGCCUGUCAGGCGUGGCAUGCAAAGAAUGCGCGGCAUAUGUUACUAGAUAUCGUUGAUCAUAUGGAACCAACCAUGUUAAUCGUCGGGUCAAGAGGUCUAGGACAGCUUAAAGGAAUACUUCUCGGGUCAACUUCACAUUAUCUCAUUCAAAAGUGUUCUGUCCCGGUCAUGGUUGCACGUCGCAGACUGAAACGUCCUCCACGUAAAUCUGCACAUCUGGCUACACACCGAGUACAUGUAUCCCUUGCUGAUGCUGGUAUUGAUCGUGUGGCUGCAAAGGUAGACGAAGACGUCAAACAAAUGCGAGACCAGAUUCAAAGAGAUGAUGCUCAGAGAAGUGGAACUGUGCAUAAAGAUCCUGGCGCGGAAGCAGCGCUGGAAAGAGAGGCUCGGGAAGAACGGAUAGAUGAGGAUGGCGAUGAGGGCGACGAGGAAGUAGACGAUGAAGCGGCUGGGGUCAAAGUCGCGGGCACGGCUUCUUUGCAACAAUGAACGCAAAAGGACUUUCCAACAAUUUCUAAUAUUAUAUUGUAAGGCCGUGAAAUGUCCGCCUAAUGUCGGCUGGCGUAGCGCUAUAAUUCUCUGGUAUGAAUGUCGUCCACAAUUUCCUGAGUCUUUCUUGCCGUGACCGUCAUUUUCUAAAUUCAUCCGUUUACAAAAUUCGAUAAUCAUGCAUAGGUCACUGAAUCCUGAAAUCCUCCGCCUUACCUCAAGA